AUGAGUAGAGGUACAAAUCUCUUUGCAACAUUUUCAAUAUCAAUAAUUGUAUGGAUAAUUACUUUAUUUUUAUCAUCUGGAUAUGUUAAGUAUUUAACAAAAUAAAAUUAGAGAAGUUACUAAAUCCAUACCAACAUAUGCUUUGAUUUUAUAUUUCUCUUAUGCAUUAUUUAAAGUAGGAGGAGAUUUAGCACAAUUAAAGGAUUAUCCUGAAGAAGCUUAAUCAUUAUAAAAAGAAGUUGAGUAAGCAAAACGAUUCUAUUAAGAAAAGGGAUUAAAAUUGUGA